AGCCGUUUUAUGUCUCUGUGUUGAGCCAUUUCCUCGAACUUGUUCGGUAUAGUAACAAUAAUUCAUAAUCUGAUUGUUGACGAAAAUCACAAAAGUAUUUGCUUUCAACGAAAGUCAAUUGGUUUGCUCAAAUAUUCAAUAUCGAAAAUAUACAUAAAUUAGUUUGUAAUACCAAAUUGGAGCAUUCCAUUAUCAGCCCACAUGAAUCGCACAGAGCUCGAUUACUAUGCCGUAUUAAAUGUGCCUCACGAUGCGCCCAAGGAGAGUAUAACGUUGGCGUAUCGCAAAUUGGCCAUACAGCUGUGUCCCCAUCGCGAUCCAAAGUAUGAACGGGACUUCGUUCCUCUUUUGGGACCAACACAUAUGGAACCGUUGUCAACUAAUCGCCAAUGGGAAUAUAUUAACAUGGCCUAUGAUGUUUUAGGUAACGAUUUGUAUCGAGCCAUCUACGAUCGUUUCGGUGAGGCUGGACUUUUUCAAGGCAUUCAGUUGCCUAACGGUUACUUUCCGCCUUAUCAAUAUCAUGGUGAUCAUAUGAAAGUAUAUCAUGACGUUUUUGGCAGCUACUCGCCUUACGCAAAUAUCAUCGACAUCGUUACAAACCCACCUUUGCUCUAUUCUACAUUGGAACAUGGCAUUGGAGUGCGUAAGAAAGACCCACCGGUAGAGAAAAUUAUUUAUCUGGAGUUAGAAGAAGUAUUCAAAGGUUGUACGAAAUUAAUGCACGUCUGGAGGCAAGAGUUCAUUGACACGAAAGAAACACGCACAGAGAAACGAAAGAAAACUCUUAAACUCAAGAUACUACCAGGCACCACCCAAGGUACACGAUUUUGCUUUAAGGAGGAAGGUGACCGCAGUCCCACGAAAAUACCAGCAGAUAUUAUAUUUAUAACAGCUGAUAAGCCACAUCAUCUAUUCGAGCGCAGUCACCAUCAUGAUUUAGUCUAUACCCAUAACAUAAGUUUAAGGGACGCGCUUGUCGGAUUUAGCUUCACAAUUAAAACAUUAGAUAAGCGUGCUCUGAAAAUAAACGUUUCCGAUGUGGUAUACCCUGGCUAUAUGAAAAUUAUGCCAAAGGAGGGUCUACCAGUUUGUGAAAAUUUACCUAUUGCUCCUGAUAUGAGACCCGCUGGAUUGAAGAAGAAGAAGUUCGGCGAUCUAAUUAUAAAAUUUCAAGUUGAAUAUCCGAGAAUUAUGACACAUAAAAUGCGGAAUAUAACUAAGGAAUUCUUCGAUGAAUUGGAAGAUUUGGAAGAAGAAGCUGAAGAUGCUCCACACCCUAUUCACACACUUAUGAAAAAGAGAGGAGGAAGAGGCAAACUCUAAGCUGAGAGGCCGGGAGUAACUACUUAUACGAGAAAUACGCGAACAUAAC